UUAUGCACACCCCUUCCAAUAAAGUCUUACCAAUUAAACUCUCUUGUGSAUUUGUGGGGUUAAACUGUGUUUCCUUUUCUACUCAUUUAAUAAAAUAAUCAUACGAAGCGCUUGUCAUUACUGAAGAGUCGGACAUUGUGUUUCCCUCAAUGUGCAUUUGAGCUAAACUUUCCUUUUGGUUUGGGGUGUUKUUCAUAUAUGUSGUCAAAGAGAACAGYUCCUGCCUCCAGAUUGGGAAAUCRGUUCAUUAAAAUAUUGUGCAUUGCUUUUCAUAAAGAACAAAUCAUUUUAUUUGUUACAGCUUUUAAAAUGAAAAUGUGUGUGUUCAGGCUUGUGCUCUGAACAUUUUUYAGUGUAAAAUCCCUCUUUKUAUGAUCUGGUAUAACAGUUCACUAUUGAUGCARGGCUGUGAAGGUUUUCUUUGGUUACUUUUAACAGGCUUUGACAUUUUUUAAAUAUCUAAGAGAUUCUGUAAGAAUACUACAGCAGGUGUURUGGUGAUGUACUUUAAAGUCAAGUCCAUUUCUGUAUUUUUAUGUGAUUGUGAAAUUGCAUAAUCCCACUCCUUCUGAUCCCAGUGUGCUAAAUAUCAGGGUCARAGCUGAAACAAWUUUUUUGUAGUGUAUUUUAUUUGUCAGUUUCCUGAUAAUUAAGGUCAAAUUGUSRUUUAACAGUUCCAUCACAAGAUUCCARGUUUAUGWUACGCUUUGAGGUUUUCGAGUGAAAAYUAAAAUGAUGAGUUCACUACAUUUUUGCAUUUAUCUUGUGGGAGUUUUGCUCACUUGAUAUAAAAUAUAUUUGAAUGCUGUUAUUUUUAAUUUAUUUACUUUCUCCAUCUAUUCAGCUUAUGCUAAAAUUGCCAACAUUAGUGGUUUUGUUUUAUUUAAGAAAAUAAUCUUGAUGAAAUGACACAUUAAAACAUGGAACAAAAGAAAAGUUCAUCUUUGGCAACAAAACAAUAUUCACAGCCAAAUAAUCCAAUCCAUUUGUGUCUGAAUUAAUUUUAGAGUACUUGAGGAUGCCUCUAAUGUAAAUGAGAAAUUCCCUUAUUUUCUUGAUUGUCUGUAUUGUCAAAGACAGGCAUGUCUAGGAACAUUAUUUCAACAAUAUACUGAAGAGGUUAAAUUUGUGUGGAAUUUAUUUAUUCAUUAUUACAACAGUUCUGACAAAGUGGAACUGUUUUAUUCUAAGUUAARCUCAAAGGAUCCUACAUCACUUCUAUUUUCAGUUAAUCAAAACAAACCAUACUACACUGAUUAAUUAUUAAACUAUUUUGAAGGUGAGGAGCGUUUUUUGUCCUUAUUUGUAAUAAAGGAGUAAUAGUCUAGACUCUAUGUGAACCUUUAAGAAUUUCUACUUCAAUGAGCAUGAUGCUCAUUCUGGACUCUAAGUGACGCUGUUGGUCAAUGCAUGUCCUCUAAAAUGUUACAUCACAUUCUCCUCCCUUGUUACUGUGGCCAAUGAGAGUAKAGCUUACARUUUUCCUCAUCUCUGCGGACAUCACAGCAUUAAAGCCACUUCAACGAAGAAAUAGGAAAGGAUAUUUAAAAGCUAUAUACUUUUGCUUCAAYUCUAUUUUUUUCAUUUUCACAKAAAACCCUGCUUCUAUCGUUUUACAGUAUUCUUUAUUAUUUAUUUAUUUGAGYUUUUACCAUGGCUCGUGGAAUACGASCACAUAGAGGAUGGCGUGAUGGAUUCAGACAGAAAUUAUUGCAUCUUUUUCUCCUUUGUCACCUCAGCUCUGUWGUUACCGGCCAUAUCAGAUAUUCGAUCCCAGAGGAAAUGAAGAAAGGCUCACUGAUCGGUAAUGUAGCACAAGACCUCGGUUUGGAUCUGAAGAGAUUGCGUUCCGGUCAUGCCCGUAUCGUGAGUGGAGAAAGCGUCCAGUAUACCGAGCUGAACGCAGACAAAGGGAUUUUAGUUGUGAACGAGAGGAUUGACCGAGAGCAGCUCUGUGGUGACACAACGCCGUGCAGUUUCAGUUUUGAGAUUAUUUUAGAGAAUCCUAUGGAGCUGCAUCAAAUUACGGUCGAGAUUACGGAUAUAAAUGAUCAUUCUCCCAUUUUUGAAACCGAUAAAAUAAAUUUUGACAUUAGUGAGUCGGCUACAACUGGAGCUCGUUUUUCAUUARCUCGUUCWGAAGACCCSGACGUGGGUGUGAACGGUUUGAGAGAAUAUUUCCUGAGUGAAAAUGAUCACUUUGUUCUCAAGCAACAUUCAAAUGCAGACGGAAAGAAAUAUGCAGAGAUGGUUCUUCAGAAACAUUUAGACAGAGAGGUAAACCCAAAUCUUUCGCUGAAACUGAUCGCUGUGGACGGAGGAACACCUCAGAGAUCUGGUACCGUAAAUAUUAAUGUCGCUGUUCUUGAUGCUAAUGACAAUGCGCCUGUUUUCAAUCAGUCUGUGUAUAAAGCUGUUGUGACGGAAAUGUCUCCUAAAGGCACGUACGUCACCACUGUUAAUGCUAGCGACGCAGAUUUUGGGUCCAACAGUAUUGUUACGUAUCAUUUUUCAGAUCGCAAAAGUGGUCUAAAUAAUUUAUUUCGGAUGGAUGAAAUUACAGGAAUGAUUUAUAUAAAUGGUGACAUUGAUUAUGAAAAAGAAAAAAAGUUCGAAAUCAGAAUUGAUGCUAAGGAUCAAGGCGGAUUGACAGAUUCAAGUAAAGUAAUUAUUGAAGUGAUUGAUGUAAAUGAUAACGCCCCUGUCAUAAGCGUGACGUCAUUCACUAAUACUGUGUCAGAGGAUUCUCCUCCUGGAACUACUAUUGGUAUUAUUAAUGUGAAAGAUCUGGAUUCCGGUGAUAACGGACAAGUCAGCUGUAGAAUUGACGGAAAUGCGCCUUUUAAAAUGAAAUCAAAUCUAAAAAAAUAUUAUACUCUAAUAACAGAUGCUGCAUUAGACCGAGAAACAGUUUCAGAAUAUAACGUCAGUGUUAUUGCUAUAGAUGGUGGAAUACCUCCUCUCUCAGCCCAAAUUACGUUUAAUGUAAAAGUUUCUGAUGUGAAUGACCAUGCUCCAAUUUUUUCACAAAGUGCUUACAGCGCCUUUAUGAAGGAGAAUAACUCCCCAGGUUUGCCUUUUAUUACACUGACAGCCAAAGAUCCCGAUGAGAAACAAAAUGCUCGUAUAUCUUAUAUUUUAGAGGACACAAAUAUUGGUGGAUCUUCAGUAUCCACAUAUGUUUCUGUAAAUGUAGAAACUGGAGUCAUACAGGCAAUGGGCACAUUUGAUUAUGAACAGAUUAAAGAGAUAACUUUUGUUGUUAAAGCACAAGAUGGGGGCUCUCCUCCUCUCAGCAGCAACGUGACUGUGAAACUGAUCAUCCUGGACCAGAAUGAUAACCCCCCUCAGGUUCUGUAUCCAGUCCAGACUGGUGGCUCCAUGGUGGCUGAAAUGGUGCCUCGUUCAAUGAGCUCGGUAACGGCCCAGGCUCGGUAUUCCAUACCGGAGGAGCAAUCGGAGGGGUCUUUUGUUGGAAACAUUGCCAGGGAUUUGGGCUUGGAUUUGCCGAGGCUUGUGGGAGGUAAUGCUCGUAUUAUUACAAAGGAUAGCCAGCAGUAUGUGGAUUUAAACCGAGAGAAAGGCAUUCUUGUUAUUAAAGAGCGAAUUGACCGAGAAGAGCUGUGCGGAAAGACGACGCCCUGUAGCUUCAGCUUCGAGGUGAUUUUAGAAAACCCCAUUCAGCUCUACCGGGUUACWGUAGAGGUGGUGGAUGUCAAUGACAACAGCCCGUCCUUUCAAAAGAAAGAAAUAAACCUAAAAAUUGUUGAAAGUGUUGCGCCCGGGACUCGUUUCUCUCUAGUGAGYGCAGAUGACCCGGAUGUUGGCAUAAACGACAUUCAGAAAUAUGUGUUGAAACCUUUAGAUCACUUUAAAUUGGAAGUGCAAAAUCAACCCGAUGGAGGGACGUUCAUUGAAAUUGUUUUACAAAACGCUCUGGAUCGAGAGAAGGAGGACACGCACACGCUUGUGCUGAUAGCCGCUGAUGGGGGCGAACCACGCAGAUCAGGAACAGUCAGCAUCCAUAUUACUGUGCUAGACGCUAAUGACAAUGCUCCRGUGUGCCGUCAGUCAGUGUAUAAAUCCGAGGUGAGGGAGAACUCUCCCGAAGGAACAGUGGUCACAACAGUGGAGGCAGAUGACGCAGAUAAAGGAGUUUACGGCGAGGUGACGUUCUCCAUCCCUCAUGUCGGAAAAGAGGCGAAGCAGCUCUUCGAUGUAAAUGUUACAACAGUACCAAAAAGAUGA